AUCUUGUGGGAGUCUAAUCCUUUGUCAUUAUGAGAUGUCGUCUCUCGGUGCCUCCUUUGUGCAAAUUAAAUUUGAUGACUUGCAGUUUUUUGAAAACUGCGGUGGAGGAAGUUUUGGGAGUGUAUAUCGAGCCAGAUGGAUAUCCCAGGACAAGGAGGUGGCUGUGAAGAAGCUGCUCAAAAUAGAGAAAGAGGCAGAAAUACUCAGUGUCCUCAGUCACAGAAACAUCAUCCAGUUUUAUGGAGUAAUUCUCGAACCUCCCAACUAUGGGAUCGUCACAGAAUAUGCUUCUCUGGGAUCACUCUAUGAUUACAUUAAUAGUAACAGAAGUGAAGAGAUGGACAUGGAUCACAUUAUGACCUGGGCCACUGAUGUAGCCAAAGGAAUGCACUAUUUACAUAUGGAGGCUCCUGUCAAGGUGAUUCACAGAGAUCUCAAGUCAAGAAAUGUUGUUAUAGCUGCUGAUGGGGUAUUGAAGAUAUGUGAUUUUGGUGCCUCUCGGUUCCAUAACCAUACGACACACAUGUCCUUGGUUGGAACUUUCCCAUGGAUGGCCCCGGAAGUUAUCCAAAGUCUCCCUGUGUCUGAAACUUGUGACACAUAUUCCUAUGGCGUGGUUCUCUGGGAGAUGCUAACAAGGGAGGUCCCCUUUAAAGGUUUGGAAGGAUUACAAGUAGCUUGGCUUGUAGUGGAAAAAAACGAGAGAUUAACCAUUCCAAGCAGCUGCCCCAGGAGUUUUGCUGAGCUGUUACGUCAGUGUUGGGAAGCUGAUGCCAAGAAACGGCCAUCUUUUAAGCAAAUCAUUUCGAUUCUGGAGUCCAUGUCAAAUGACACGAACCUUCCCGACCAGUGUAACUCAUUCCUGCACAACAAGGCAGAGUGGAGGUGCGAAAUUGAGGCAACUCUCGAGAGGCUGAAGAAACUCGAACGGGACCUCAGCUGUAAAGAGCAGGAGCUCAAAGAACGGGAAAGACGUCUGAGGAUGUGGGAGCAAAAGCUGACAGAGCAGUCCAACACCCCGCUUCUCUUGCCUCUUGCUGCAAGAAUGUCUGAGGAGUCUUACUUUGAAUCUAAGACAGAGGAGUCAAACAGUGCAGAGAUGUCAUGUCAGAUCACAGCAGCAAGUAACGGGGAGGGCCAUGGCAUGAACCAAAGUCUGCAGGCCAUGAUGCUGAUGGGCUUUGGGGAUAUCUUCUCAAUGAACAAAGCAGGAGCUGUGCUGCAUUCUGGGAUGCAGAUAAACAUGCAAGCCAAGCAGAAUUCUUCCAAAACCACAUCUAAGAGAAGGGGGAAGAAGGUCAACAUGGCCCUGGGGUUCAGUGAUUUUGACUUGUCAGAAGGUGACGAUGAUGAUGAUGAUGACGGUGAUGAGGAUAAUGACAUGGAUAAUAAUAGUGAAUGAAAGCAGAAAGCAAAAUAAUAAAAUGGAAAAUGUGUGGAAAAACGAAAGAAACUUGCUAUCUCAGCCUGUACAAAAACCAGUAAGGAAGUAGAAAACUGAGCACUGAAUUUUUAGGCCAAUCACAUUUCUAUGACAGUCAUUUCUUGAAUGAUUUUACUUUUUUUUUUUUUCCCUGCUUACAGAAAAAUGGGGGGUUAGUGGGGGGAAUUAAAGCAGAAAGGUAUAUUUAAUGAGUCAGCAAAUGCGGUGCCUGAUUAUAGAAAUCUGUGAUUCUAUUACAAUAUAGUAGUUUUAACUAAUUACAUUGUGGCUUUUUUUUUUUAAACAAAUACUUUAAUGUUUGUAUUGAUUUGAUUUCAUUUAUUUAAUUGCUUAAGAAGACUUACAUUUUGAAAAAGCACUCUUACCUCCUAAUUCUUCUCUGACACUGAUUUUCCUGUAAUGCACUACAUUUUUUUUUCUUAUGGUAAUACACUGCACUGUCAGAAAUAAUUGAUAAUGACUACAAAAUCUAACAAUAAAAAAAUUGAGAUGAAAGAAGACUAUAACAAAUACUUCUUCAGAAAUACCGAAAUGCCACGAAUUUUCAAUACUUAAUGGCACAACUACUCACAGUAAAACCUGAGAGAUGUUCUCAGUAAUACACUGGAAGAAGAAAUACUCUUAUUUGAAGCCAACAGCAGAUGUUGCAGGCUUUCAUACCAGUGCUAGCCCUGGAAGCUUCUGAACAACACUGUCAUCUGAGGCUUGGUUUCUAAAAGGAGAAAGAGAUGGUCUUAAAGGGCUGCUUGCAAGCUGAUAUCAAGUGGGGACACAGACCCGCUCUGCACCCCCAGUGGGAAAGGAGCAUCCUGGGUUCUAGAUAUAUGUAGAGAGGUUUUAAAGAGGGAACUAAAGAUUAUGAAAGCAAUGGCAAGGAUAAGUUAUACUUACUGAGUCAGAAGUAUAGGAUGAAGGGUCCUUUUUAUAUCAAAUCCAGCCUUCCAGAGUGGUCUUUUUUUUUUUUUUUUUCUUUUAACCCUGACUCAGCCAUGCCAGUGUUAAACAGAAGUAAAUGUAGGUGUCUCUCCGAAAACCUAGUUCGCCAGAGUAAUAGUCUCAGAAUAUUAUAUUUGUCAAAGCUUGUUUAAACUAUAAAACACUGAUUAAAAAAAAAACAACUACAAAACACUGUCUGUGUGUGUGUGUGUAACACACAACACAGAAAGGCCAAGGCACAAAAACUUUUUUUCAGCCUGUAUUGGAAAAAGGUGCCAUUCAUUUGACUAUUACACUAAAAUACCUCUGAUGGUUCUUUUUAUGGGAAAUUUAAGAAAGUAUGUCAUCACAGAUAUUAUCUAAUACUAUUUCCAAGUAUAUUGUCAUAAAAAGCUUGUCGAAAUUUGAAACAUGACAUGCUUCUAAUCCCUAUUAACAGCUGAAAAAUAUCACAGAAUGAUCAGUACGUUGUGCCAGCUUUAUUUGGAGAAAAAGAACCAUUAAAAUGUUCUGGGUGUGAAAUGUAGCAUAGCCUAUAUACCAGAGUGAUAAAGAGAAGAAUCUGGAGUCAAAUUAGGAUUCAAAACGGCUGUGCAAUCUGUUAAAAAUUAUUUAGCCUCUGUGUGUCUGCUCAUUUUUGACAUGGGAAUAAUAACAGGACCCACUUCAAAGGACUGUUGUGAGGAUUAAGUGAAAUAAUGUAUGUAACACAGUGUGUGUGUUUUAUGAACACAGUACCAGGUCCAUGGCAAGUGGUCAGUCAGUGUUAGCCAGCGAAAAGUUGCUAAAAAAAAAAAAAAAGUAGUUACAGUAACCUGGAGAACUAAACUAUCAAUCUCAAGUCACACUUGUUGAGUCGCAGGAAAUGGAAGUUAAAGUGAACGGCUUGCAGGAAAGGUAGAAGAGAACAUUCCUAGAAUAUAAACCAUUUAAACAAACUUAAUCUGUUGCUCUUUGAAGACUACGCAGCUGAGGAAUCGGCAGGCUCUUCCAUCACCCACAGACUAGAUAAAAACAAUGGAUAGGCAGACCUGUGCCCUAGGAGCCUACGUGGUAGCACCACGAGCUGGUGCUGGCGGUGCCCAGGCACGAACACGUACAGGCAUCCUGGCUAUGCUCAGCAGAGCCGUGCUCCCUCCCUCAAGCUGAGGCCCUCAAGCAGAACCUCUGGGAGCGGGGCAGAGGGCUGGUUUUCAACUCUUGACUUUGGGGCACAUCCGAGUCACUGUGGUCCAGCAACCUGAAGGAGAGAACCAAAGAGGAAGCAGUUUAAAAGCCUCUUGCCCAUCUUUUGGGGUAAAGAGAAAGUCAUCUGUUCCACGGAUACUCACUGAGGCCCCCGUCUGUGCCUGGAACAGGUUCCAGGGCGCAGCAAGGGGGCCAUGCUUGCGCCACAGGACAUCCAUGUCCGCAGAGCCUGACAUCAACAAAACAAAUGCCUUACUAGUAUGUAAACGGUUGACAAGUGCAUGCUGAGAAGGGGAGCGGGGAAAGAGGAGGACACGUGGGGGAGUGCCGCGGAGUGGACAGUGUGGGCAGAGAAGGCUGCACUGAUAAGGGAUCUCUGCGAAUUUUGUGAUCUGUGCACUUCAUGUAAGAAUGUAAACCCUCUCAGUUAAGAAUCAUCGUCAACAAAAUUAGAACACAUAAAGAGAUAGGAAUAGAAGGAAACUGACAUUUUUCUUCAUUUACAUAUAAGCCUAUUAUAAUUACACAUAAAAUUUUGGUGCCUUCAUGAAAGUAGCCAAUUAGGGCAAAAGAGAAAGGUAAUAGGACUCUAUACUCAGACUAAUGUUUUACCGUUAAUGAGGUAACAGUUCCCAAUCUCUCAAGUGCUGUCACUUUCCUCACCAGUAUCCCCCAGGAUGGCUGUAGCUCAGUACUCUACCAAAAAGAAACCUCAGGGGUUUAGAAUACAGCAGAAUUGAAAGCUUCGUGAGAAGCUUAAAACUGUUCUCCACUUGGAAUUCUACUGUAAUUACCACAUGGCAUUAUUUUACUCUCUUGUUCCAAAUCAGUGUCUUUCUGUGGGUUUGAACAUCCCUAAAAUCUGAAUCAUAUAAACAGAAUUUUAAAGUGGUCUCACUCUAUCUGUAAAGAUGAUUUAGAAGAUCUUUAGACUCUAUUAUUAGUUUUAUCACUUCUUAAAAGAACUGUUUAUUACAUAGAAUUUCUAAAGACGAUGUUAAUUGUGCUGCCUCUAAUUCACUUUUCAGAUCUGUUUUUGAAAUGGCAAAUUCUUGCUGCUGGAUGUAUUUCCAAUUACCUGACUUACAAGAACAUACAUUUAUAAAGAGAAUAAAGAAACCCUAAGAAAUUGAGAGAUUCAAAAUAAUAAUUGAAACUCUGUGGUAAUAUCGUCGGAGUCAUACAACUGAGAAUAUAACUAGUCUUUUUUUCUGUAUUCAGAAAGCCGAUCAUACAGAAUUUGAGAACACCCUGCCAGCCACUCUCAUCUGGGGCCCCUAAUGGUGUUUGCAAGUGCUGGGGCAGAGUUUGGGUCCUCACGGGGACCAGGGGUGGGGUUGAGUGCCCAGCACCCCUGGGCAGCUCCACCCAGUGAAGGACUCCACCCACAGUACCAACAGCAGUGCCCCUCCCCCCACUGAGAAACUUGCUAACCCUGAUAGUUUCAGUUCUCCAACUCAUCCCCCCCCACCCCAAACAAACUUGCUCAUUCAAAAGACGCAGUUUCAAAAUGACAGCUACUGUACAAUCUGAAUUGUAUAGGUUGGCGACAUUUAUCUUAAAUCCCCACUUGUGGAAAAAUGGUUUCUUUCCCCUGGUGGAAUCUUCAUAAAAUAGCAAAAUGUACCUGGGGGAGGGGUUCACUCUCCUCUAUCACACUAAUCCAAAAUAAAUAAAACAGAAACACAUCCCUGAGGAAGCUUCGGUCCUGCAGAGCAGUCAGGUUAAUUUAAAAGGGCCUUCUGUUGAAGGAAAAUCACAUUUUAAUACUUUAUACUUAACCCAGGGGAAGGGGUUGAAGGCACAGAGUACGCUUGUUUGGGAUGCUCCGGAAAGGCCGAGGGCCAGCGUUCAGCCAGUGAUUUCUAACAGGCAGCAGAUUUGUUAGACCUAAGCAACCACUGAGCUAUUCAAAACAGAUCCCCAUUAAAGUCAAGGAAUCGGAGGUGAGGUGCGGCAGAGAGCUGGCGUGACUUCUCUGGUACGUACAGAACUUUAGUCCUCCGCGCGCUCUCUGGAAUAGGGAGCGUUUCAUACAAGCUCAUUAGAAAAGCUAUUCGGAGUUCAACAUUGAUACUUUUUUGGGUUUUUGCUAACACUAGACUCGUUGUGGGCCUAAUAACAACCAGCAGUGUCUCACCACACCACGUUCGUAAUAGGGCAUCAUUUUUCUAUAAUCAGGCACCUUUUGCGGCUUUGGAGUCAGGCUGUUUUCCUGUUCUGGCUUUAAGCCUGGCCAGAGAGAAGAAUCUGGUCCGUUCUCUAGAUUGUGGCAUAGCCUGCAAGCAGUAGCAUUUCUGCCAUGGAAAACGAGUGUGCACCAGGGAAGCCGAGAGCUAGCGGGGUUCCGCUCGGGCUCAGUCGAACUGCACUCUGUGGCCUGAGGAGGGGCGGGGAGCUUUUGGGCAUGUGAUUACUGACUUUACAACUAGCAUUUUCAGCACCUACCUUAAUUAUUUUAUAUAAUGUGCAGAAUAGUUUAUCUUUUAACGUCAGGUACAGUACACUGCACAAACUGCUUUUGCACUCUUUGAACAAAUUUUGUACUAAAUAAUAGAAAAUAUUUAUACUGAGUGUGCGCUUUGAAUAGAGGAUGGCAUUAUCACUUUUUUUUUUAACAAAACCUUUUUUCCUCAACUAUUCUAUUACAAUGUUAUUCUGAGCAAAUCCUAUGCCAAAUAUCGUGUAUAAUGUUUGUAUGGAAGAUUCGUUUCACUCAUGUGUGGUAAGACGACUCAGAUAUUGAUUUCGUAGCUGGAAUUUGAUAUUCCUGCACGGAGUCCACAAUGUAUUCAGAAAUCUAAGUUGGUGUCAUACAUUUCAUUUUGAUGUGAACUUUUCUCUGCUUUUCUUUGUUUUAAGACUCCAUUUUGCAAUAAACGUUUUGACAGUAAA